AUGGGAUUCUUUGUCGCACCAGUAGAAGCUCUUCCCGAAAUCUCAGUAACCGACGUAUACUUCACCCACCAGCGAGGAAAAUACAUGGGCUUCUACGCUUUCUCCCUAGCGGGAAGCAACUACUUUGCCCCUAUCAUCUCCGGCUUCAUCGCAGAAGGUCAAGGCUGGCAAUGGGUGUUCUAUUGGCCGGCAAUCUUCCUCGCCGUGACGUUAGUCCUCUUGUUUUUUUGCAUGGAAGAGACAAACUAUACGCGCAAGAUCGAGGGGAUACUUGUCGCUAGAGACUCUCCAGAGACGGAACCAUCCAAGGUUUUGGACCAGGAGAAAGCCGACAUAACGACGUCGCCGUCCACUAUGAGCGAUGACAUGCGAGUGUCAUCCAAGACUUUUGCUCAAAAGCUAUCUCUAUGGCAGACAUCUCCAGGAGCGAACGUCUUCGAGCGUGCGAAGCGUAGUCUGAUAUACAUUAGCUGGCCUGUUAUCUUCUACUCAGGUUUCAGUUACGGUUCAUACCUCAUUUGGUUUAACGUCUUGAACGCUACUGCUUCCAUCAUUCUUGGUGGGCCAGGAUACAACUUCAAGCCCUCCAUGGUCGGUCUAAGUUAUGUGUCUUGUUGUAUCGGGGUCAUUGCUGGGGCGCUGUUCUCUGGGCGCUUCAGCGACUGGCUAACGAUCAAAUUAGCGCGUAGGAACAAUGGUGUCAUGGAAGCGGAGCACCGUCUAUGGCCUUUCGCAGUGUGCCUAGUAAUGGUUCCGGCAUUCUUGAUACUCUGGGGUGUUGGCGCUGCGCAUGGCGUACACUGGUUCGGACUCGUCUUUGCCAUGGGAUGUGUAGCGUUCACCUCUUCUGUCGGCGUCACAAUCAGUGUGAACUACAUGAUCGAUAGUUAUCACGAUAUUAGUGGCGAUGCGAUUGUGACGGUCAUCUUGAUUCGCAACACCAUGUCCUUCGCCAUAAGUUACGGGCAAGUUCUCCAGUGCAUCUGA